UCUUCUCUAGCACCCAACACAUCAUUUAUUCUUAAUUCCAACCAAUCUUUCCUGCUCUUUCUCUUUAGAUCAUAUGGAAAACACAAUGAAUUCCACAAGAAAAGCAAUCUCUUAUAGUGAAAGAACAAGUGAUCUUGAGUCGCAAGAGGAGAGUGGGUGGACUAUGUACUUUGAAGAUUUCUUUAACAACAAGAACAACAAUGAAGAGAGUUCUUUCUCUUUUGAAGAUCAUGAUCAUUGUUGUACUGAAAGCUCUUCUCUAGUACUAUCCGAUGCAGCUUCUUCGGUCACGAAGAGAUUUGCUUGUAAUGAUCUACAAGAUGUUGUUGGGAUGCCAAUAAUGGAGAAAAGGUCAUUCAGUAGAUCAUUGAGCUUCAAGAAGAGAAAAAUUGAUGAAGGUGGUUUGGUUGAUGAUGCUUUGGAAGAUACUGCCAGCUCUCCUGCUAAUAGUCCCAAGGUUUGUAGUAUGAUGAACAAGCUGAAGAACCCAAGAGAGAAAUAUCAUAGUCUGAAGAGUUAUAAUGAUCAGGAGAAAGGAAGCAAUUCAAGGAAUAGUGAUGUUUCAUGCACAGAAUUGAAAAAAAGGGGUCUUUGUUUAGUUCCUUUGUCUAUGGUACUCAAUCACCUUGGUUGAUAAAAUUUUUUCUACAUUUUUUGUCCUUUGCUCAAUAUCUAGCUCUCUGUGAACAACAACCUGUAGCCUUCAAGGAACAAAAUCAUGAUGUUGUUGUUCCAUUAAUUAUGUAUGUAUACGUGUGUGUGUGUGUAUAUGAUGAGAUUAAGGCCCUUCAUCAUGAUCUAUAGCAGUCAAUGGAUCAUAUUUUAUGUACGUAUAUAUACAUAUACAUACAUACAUAUAUAUGUUAGGUUAAUUUGUAUAAUAUUGUUCUCAACAGUAUUUCAAAAAAAAAUUGUAUAAUAUAUAUUGACCGUCCCAUAUGAAGGUAA